UUUUUGUUUACCUAUAUGUAGUUCAAGUUGGAAAAGUACUGUUGCAUUCUACCUUCGCAUGUAAAAAUAUCGAAAAUAUAUAACCAUUCGAAAAAAACACAAAACUAUUUUGUUCCGAGUAUGUGAUUUGUGUGAGCGAAAUGGAGGAAAUCACUCAAAUAAAGGUAGAAGAGCUUAUAAUAUUCGACAGUUUGCCAACCGAAGAGGAAACUCCACUAGCAGACAGCGAUCACCGGUGGACUGGUGAAACGCCUGUAACGAAGUCUGAGAGGAAUGGUUCAGUUGUUGUGAUACAAGACCAUCUGACGGAUAUCAAUGAUGAAGUUGGGACUACACCAGAUUGUGAGGACAUUACGGCUUCUCACUCCAGCACAGCUGAACGUUUGCGACACCAUAAGAGCAAUCCACACAGGGAAGACCGGUACUUCCAGUGUGACAUAUGCAAGCGACGUUUUACUGUUAAAGCUAAUUUAUUGGCCCACAUGAAUGUGCACCGCACAGAUGGCGCUCAUAAAUGUCAAGUUUGCGAUAAAAAAUUCACAAGUAAACUUUAUCUCGAAAACCAUACGGUCAGUCACAGUGAUGAGCGACCCUUCAAAUGCGACAUCUGUGACGUGUCAUACAGGAGAUCAAAUACUUUAAAUUGGCAUAGAAACAAGGUGCACAAGGUUGAUCCCUCCCCAAGAUUACCACAUUCUAUCAGACGCUCUUCUUUGAAAAUAAGCAAUACCGAAGACCGAAAUUUCCAGUGUGACGUGUGUGAUAAAAACUUCCCAACUGAACCUCGUCUCGUAGAACAUAUGCGUAGCCACAGUGACGAGCGACCCUUCAAAUGUGACAUUUGCGACACAUCAUGCAGAAGACCUAGCCAUUUAUAUAAUCAUAUGCGAAAGGUCCACAAGGUCGAACCUUUUCAGAGCAACGGUUCGGGAACACGUCCUCCUCCACGGAAAAAGUAUUGCGAGUACUGCAACAAGGAAUAUGGCGCAAGAGGAUUCACGAUUCAUAUGAAAACUCACUCCGGGAAAACGUUUCCUUGUGGCAGUUGUAACAGAACGUUCCGCACCUUCCAAGGUCUGCUGCACCAUGAGGGUACUCAUACAACGGAUCGGAAGUUCAAGUGUGACGUAUGUGAGCAACGGUUUUCACGGAAAUCACAUCUUUCGGCGCACAUGAAAAAACACCGCACAGAUUGCCAUUAUAAGUGCUUGAUUUGUGAUGAAAGAUUCACAGAUGCCUUUUAUCUCGGAAACCAUAUGGUCUGCCAUAGCGAUGAGCGACCCUUUAAAUGCGACAUCUGUGAUAAGUCAUACAAAAGAAUUAAAGGUUUACAGCAUCACGUACGCAAACUCCACGAGUCCUCUCCAAGCAAUUUGGAACCAAAGAACCACACCAGAGGACAACCUUUGCAGUGUGAUAUCUGCAGCGAAACAUUUCACUCAACUACAAGUUUGCAUUACCAUGUGAGGGCUCAUACAGGUGUCCCGAAUUUCGAGUGUGACAUAUGCGAACGACGUUUUGUCCUGAAGCCACAGCUGCGGUCCCACAUGAAAGUACACCUCAUCGAUUGUCCUCAUAGGUGCCAGAUUUGCGAUAAAAAAUUCUCAACUAAUCAUCGUCUCGAAGAUCAUAUGCUAAAUCAUACCGAUGAGCGACCCUUCAAAUGCGACAUCUGUGACAGUUCAUUCAAGAGAUCUAAGCAUGUUAUACGUCAUAUGAAGACGAUCCACAGUCUCUCCCCAAGCAACGUGGAAAAUUCGAAGCCAAACCAAACUGGUAACAGCCUGAACGAUGUUUCAGCAUUACACAACUGCAACAUAUGCGGUAAACAGUACAAAAACAGCAGUUCACUUCGCAAUCAUAUGGAUCUUCAUAAGAGUGCUGUUGUGAGAUAUUAGAGGAAAUUUUAAUGCAUAAACAUUCAUGCUAAAACUCACAGCACAAAGCAAAAAAUUUGCGAUGUUCGACUCUAGAUGAAGUACUGCCUGAGCUUUUACAUGCCCAAUUCUUUUCAACAGUAGCUAUGCCAAGAAAGGCUUUUGCCAGGUGGUCUCAGAUGAGGCAAACAGUAUGUCGGGAUGCUCCGUGCUACAGACGAAGUAAUUUACCAGGUUAUAGGGCUGUAGACAAACAGUGGGGCGUGUUAGGCUAACACAGACAAAGCCUGCAUUGAUGCUGCUUUAGAACCGGUGAGUGAGCCAU